AUGUUACCCCAACAAUUGGUAAAAUUUCACCUCCAAAUAGUGAAGUUAAGAUAUUAUAAUAAUAAUAAAAAUAAUAAUAAUAAUAAUAAUAAUAAUAAUAAUAAUAAUAAUUAUAAUAAUAAUAAUAAUAAUAAUAAUAAUAAUAAUAAUAAUAAUAAUAAUAAUAAUAAUAAUAAUAAUAAUAAUAAUAAUAAUAAUAAUAAUAAUAAUAAUAAUAAUAAUAAUAAUAAUAAUAAUAAUAAUAAUAAUAAUAAUAAUAAUAAUAAUAAUAAUAAUAUUGAUAAUAAUAAUAAUAAUAAUAAUAAUAAUAAUAAUAAUAAUAAUAAUAAUAAUAAUAAUAAAAUAUAA